CUGCCACUACGUACAACCUUCGUGGCGUACAUAUAUAAGUUGCAUAUAUUCCCCUCAAAUCCUCAAUCACCUAGCUUAGCUCGCCAGCCGAUCGACCAUGGCCACGCGCCGCACCACGAGCGGCACCUUCUUCUUCUUCCUCCUCCCCCUCAUCCUCGCCGCCGCCGCCGCCGCAACGAUCGUCAAAGAAGCCGCCACGGUCGACAUCAACGCCAUCUGCUCCAAGACGUCCCACCCGGACUUCUGCACCACGACGCUCUCCGCCAUCCCGGAGACCAAAACCGCCGACGCCCGUGGGCUGGCGGAGAUCGCGAUCCGGGCGACGUCCCGGGUGGGCGCGACGGCGGGGGCCUACGCGCGGAAGGAGCUGGACAUCGUCAAGGACAACGCGCUGUGGCAGUGCCUGGACGAGUGCGCCGAGGACAUCGAGGACGCCGUGGCGCACCUGGACGACUCCGAGGGCCAGAUCGGCGACGCCAAGUACGACCUCGUCGCAAAGUACCUCGACGCCGCCGAGAAGGACCUCUGGUCCUGCGACGAGAGCUGCCGCGACACCCCGGCGUCCUCCGUCAAGACGACCGUGCUCGCCAAGAACACGGAUUUCGAGAAGAUGAUGGCCGUCACCAACGAGCUUAUCAAGAUGACUGGCAAGGCCGCCGCCGCCGCUGCUGCCGAUGGUCCUUCGUCUGAGCCUGCGUCCGCGCCCGAGCCGGCUGCUGCAGCCGUGCCUUGAGAUCGAUCCAUAAGAUUAUGUGUUCGUGAUAGUGACGAGCGUACCUAUAUUUGUGUGUUGUUGUUACUUGUCAGAUAGGUUGGUUGUAUUGCUGUAGUGCUUCUUCUUUUUCUGUUUUGUGGAAGAAUUAAUUGUUUGUUGCGAAUAAAUUGGUGGGUGAAUAUAUAUAGCGAUCUCUUUAAUCUGUCAUCUUGUCUUGUUUCGAAUUAUAACAAGCUCUCCUGGCUCGUUUACGUGA